AUGGCUAAAAAAUACUUCUAUCGUAAGUCAUGACACCACUUUGACCGUUUAAACUUUGAAAUGAAACAUUUAAUGCGAGGGUGGACAUUUGUCUUUGACUUCUUCAUAGAUGUUAAAUAUGUCCUAAAUUUGGACAGACAUCUAUUUACAGGCAGAAACACCACAAGAUAAAACCUAAUCCUUUUAUUUUGUCUAAAACAGAUGACUGGAUAGCUUACCUGUCGUGUUAAAGGGAUGUUCCGGCGUACAAUUAAGUUAUGGUCACACCGUGACACCGAGUUAGACACCCCCCAGAGUGAUGAAUUUUGCCGACCGCUCGCUUCUCUUGUUAUACCAACUUUAGUAACGACCGCAUGAUAGCAAUACACAGUGGUCUAUCAUUCCACGCGCAAAACUCAACCACGAAUAGCUACAAAUAAUGCUCAGAACAGCACCUAACUUCAUCAACAAUACAUAUAGGGUCCCAGUCAUAGUAGGCUGCUAGCCACAAAACAUCUUUUUAGCUGUGCCUAGUUUCUUUAGCAAAGAAACGAAACACAACUCAACCACCCUCCUGCUUGUUUGUGGGAGAGCCCGGGCAGUCCAUCAUUGAGUGCAGCAGAGGGUUUCAGCUCAAGGAAGAAUAUUUAUGACCAUUUCUUCACGGAAAUGCAAUCAGACCAAGACGCUAAGACAGAAAAACAUCUGAGAACAAGAUAUUUAUGACAUUAAUAACAUAAAACUAGAGUUAACUACUCUUAGGCCUGCUGACUGUAAGCACAUUAAAUUAAUUUUACAUAGUCCAUAAUUACUCAUAUCCUAACCCUGUAAACUGAAUUCAUUUUAUUUCACCAUUACAUGAGUAAAUGUUGCUGUUGUCCCAUCCAUCUCUCUCACCCUCGUUUGCUACUCUCUCUCCCUCCCUCUCCCUUACUCGUUCUCUCUUUCCUUCCCCCUAUCUUGUUCUCUUUCUCUCCACUUCUCUCUUUCUCACUCUGUCCCCAACCCAGCAGCAGCUCGGUGGCUGUCUGGCAUGAGUCUGGUCCUGCUCAAGGUUUCUGCCUGUUAAAAGGAAGUUUCUCCUUGCCACUGUUACUCAUGUUAGAUGAGAUGGGCCAACACCCAUCUUACUGAGCUGUUCCAGAAGAUCUUGAUAAUUCAUCAAACAAUAAGCGUGGUCUAGACCUGCUCUUGUUCUUUGAAAAGCAUCUUGGGAUGACAACUGUUGUGAAUUGGCGAUAUAUAAACAAAAUUUGAUUGAUUGAUUUGAUUGAAAAACUACUGCGUCUUCAGUGUAAAAUGAUUAUGAUGAUGAUUAUAACCACAAGGAAAUGAUCCGCUGCACUCAAUGAUCGACGACUCGUCAGGGCUCCCUCACAAACAAGCGGCUGCUGAGGAGGGUGGUUGAGUUGUGUUUGGUGACUUUGCUAAGGAAACCAGGCAAAGCUAAAAAGAUGUUUGAUGUCUAGUACUAUGGCUGGGACCCUAUAUGUACUGUUGAUGAAGUUAGGUGCUGUUCUGAGCAUUAUUUGUGGCUAUAGAGUGGCUUUUUGGUUGAGGUGUGCGCCUGGCUCCUCAGACUGCUGUGUGUUGCUAUCAUGCAGUAGUUGCUGAAUUUGGUAUAACUAGAGAAGCAAGCAGUUGGCAACAUUCAUCUCUCGAGGGGUUGUCUUAUACAGUGUUGCGGUGUGCUUGACCCUAACUUAAUCUUAUGCCAGAAUGUCCCUUUAAGGAUCUUUCCUUUUCCAUCUUUGCAAAACUGUCAUUCUUCCUUAUAGUGUGGCAUGGGGAGCUAGUCAGGGUUUUUCAGUUCAAUACAUUAGAAAUCUUUCUCUGUCGAAGUUGCAUGUGACAGCUAUGAAAUUCAGGAGGCCUCUGUUGUUAUAUCAAGAGUCUGAAUAUAGGAUCUUGGGUACUGUGUGAUAUAUCAAAGCUAACAUGAUGCUGGUGUAACUUUUUGUGUGACAAAAACAUUUAUUCAAAUUUAAUAGUAAGAUUCGUUCAUACCAAGAACUGUAAUAUGGCUUUGGGAAAUAUUCUGUUUUCUUGGUUUCUUAUACAGAGUACAGUGGAUCACAUGAAGAGCUCAGAAUAGUGAUGGUGGGGAAGACUGGAGUUGGGAAAAGCGCCACUGGAAACACCAUCCUGGGAAGAGACUGCUUUGAAUCAAGGUUCAGUGCUCAUUCCAUGACUGUGGACUGCUCCAAAGGCAAGGGCACAGUGGACGGACAAAAGGUGGCUGUGAUUGACACCCCAGGCCUGUUUGAUACCAGGUUUGGGAUGGACAAGACAGCCAAAGACAUCAGCCAGUGCGUCACUUAUGCUUCUCCUGGUCCCCAUGUGUUCCUGGUGGUCAUCCGUCUGGGUAGAUACACUGAAGAGGAGAAGCAAACGGUGCAAAGGAUUCAAGAGAUCUUUGGUCAGGCAGCAGACAGAUACAGCAUGGUUCUCUUUACCGGAGGAGAUGAGUUAGAGGCGGAGGAAGAAACUAUUGAGAGUUUCUUGGCUCAAAGUCCAGAGCUGCUGGGAAUGGUUGCUCAGUGUAAUGGCCAGUACCAUGUCUUCAACAACAGGAAAAAAAAAGAGCGCUCUCAGGUUACUGAGCUGUUCCAGAAGAUCAGAAACAUAGUCCAGAAGAAUGGAGGAAGCCACUACACCAAUGAGAUGUUCCAAGAGGCUGAGAGGGCAGUUGAAGAGGAGAAACAACGCAUCCUGAAGGAGAAAGAGGAGCAAAUACGCAAGGAAAAAGAGAAACUUGAGAGGGAAAUACAGCAACAGUAUGAAAAAGAGAUGAGGAGAAUCAGAGAUCAAGUCCAGGCUGAGAGAGAGAGGGAGAAGAAAGAAAGAGAAAGAGAGAGAAGGAGAGAAAGGGAGAGAAGGGAGUGGGAGAGGCAGAUGGAGUUAGUGGAGAGGGAAGCUGAGAGGAGAAGAGUUCAAGAGGAAAGAGAGAGAGACUUAGAAAAUAUGAGGAUGCUUUUACAGAGACAACAUGAAGCAGAAUUGGAAGAAGAAAGAGAAAGGUUAAGAAGACAAGCGCAACAACAAGCUGAACCAGACGUUUGUACAAUUCUAUAA